AUGGCCACACAUUCAUACAUCAAAAAUUCCGAUUUCAACGGACACACAGCACCAAAUCAUGCCGUAUCUACACCUCAUGCUACCCCACAAACCAACAGCGUAAACUCAAAUCAGGAGCGCAAUGGGUACUUUACUAAACACCCACAACAACACCAGCCUCAAAAGUUAGGGACGGCACCAAGAGUUUGCAAGUCAGAGUAUUCAUUUGACCCACUGGAUGAUGGUACUGGCAGCUUUGAUUCUUUGGAGGGAGGGCAGCCACAGCAAGAUUUGAUUGAUUGUGUCAAUGAGCACAUAUUUGCUGAACCUGAUUCUGAUGGCUCUGGAUUUUAUAAUUUUCCAGUAGGUUUGGAAGUUCAAGCAAAAAACUCACGAGCUAAAGUUAAAAUCGAGCACAUUGUAUCACAGUUCUCAAAAUUGUCGAUCAUUGAGGAGAAGUUUGAGCAGCAACAACAGCAGCAACAACAACAGCCACGUCUGUUGUUGAGGACUUUGUCAAUUGGAUUCAAAUCAAAACAACAAUUGGAUGACUUGAUAUAUCGUCUUUAUGAAGCAAAAAUUGAGUUUGAAUUGGAUUAUUCCAAAUUUGUUUCACAUCCAGGAGUACUUUUCAUCAAGAACUUAUCCACCGAUUUGGUGUUUGAGGAUAACGACUCUCUGUCGGAUGCAUCAUCAGAUUAUACCGCUAGUGAAAGGUUGAAGAAGCACCACAAGUUGUAUCAGUUUUUGAAUGAAAAUUCACAUUUUAAAUCCUUGCAAGAUAUCAGAUUGUUCACCAAUGACUCACCAACACACGGCACUAGCAAUUCAAGUGACAACUCAGCCAGCUCAAGCUCAUCAUCAGCUUUUGCCAUUGUCAAGUUUUCAAAUUAUCUAGACGUGGAUAUUUUGAUUGAAAAACUUAGCAGACAUACACCAAAUAUUUUCAAUGAUAACCCGAGUAUCCCACUAUUCUUAAAUCGUUACAUUAACAAGCGAGAACGAUUAUCUUAUGGGUCGUUGUCAGGUACAUCCCAUAAUUAUAUCCCUCGCCGCGAUAGUAGUGCAUCAAUGGGUGCAACCCCCAUGUCAACCUCAUCAUCCACAUCAUCCACCUCCCAAUCAUUAAGGUGCUAUUAUCACUCUCACCCUCACCAGCACCAGCACCAGCACCAGCACCAGCAGCAUCACACCCAUCCCCAUCCCCAUCCUCAUUCUGGUGCAAAUUCAAUUAGGAGCUCCAAUGACAACUUUAGCUUAAUCAUUUUGGAGAACUUGAUCAACUUUUUCCCUCCCAAUCUCACCAAGGACAAGUUUGAACAAUUUUUGUACAAGAUUAAAACGUUUGGAAAUCAGAUUGAAUCAAUUUACUUUCCAAUUGCAGACAAGGGGGAGGCUUUGACAGUAUUACAUUUUGUCGACUUUGGCUAUAUCAGAUUCAAGCCCAGUGGCAACUUUAUGGAAAACACAUUUCGUAUGUUGUAUUAUUUGAAUGAAUUGCUGUGGGAUGAAGUUAUGGGUUUGGAUAUGAAAAACUUGCCACCAUUGAUGGAAAAAAAAGAAGAAGAUGGUGACUUUAACGAUGACGAAGGUUCUAGCAAUGAGGGUAGCGAAAGUGGGAAUGAUUUUGAAGAAGGUGGCUCUUCUAGUGAUUCUAGUGGUGAAGGGUCGACUCCAGUGGUUAUAAACCGUAAGUUGUCGGUUACUAUCGCACAGCAUAAGCACAACCACUACUUGUUUUCCCAAGCUAACCAGUAUUUCCUAACAUUCAAUCCAGCAUUAUUGAAUACCAAGCAGCUGCCAAUCGGAAUAAAUUAUCCCAACCCCAUUUAUACAAUUAAUUCGUUCAUCAGAAAUGUCAAUUAUCAAGAGACAAAUUUGUAUGUUAAUAAUUUUUCGGUGAUUUUCAAUAAUGAUGAUGUAACUUGGGAAUCAUUUUGGAAGCAAUUUGGAUCUAUCAAGUCGGCAAAAAUAAUCAAGCCCCAUUUUUACCGUGACGACGAUUCAUUUGAUGGUGAAGAGCAAAAAGCCGGCCGUAUCGGCUUUAUAUUUUACGAGACUUUUAAGAUGGCCAUUAGAGCUAUAUUGAUGACCAAUAACAAGCUUGUGCAAGUGAACAAUUUCAACCCUAUGGUUAUUCAAUCAUCUUUUGCUAUCCAAAAAUCGAACCCCAAUCACAAGGCCUUUACCUUACCACCAGUACCUCCCAUGGGAAAUCCAGCCACUACUCCUUUACCGCCCCUUGAUUUUCCCUUGACUUCGCCAAAGAGCAUGGGACCGGCUCAGGCAAGCACAGGAGCUAGUGGCAUGCAGUACUACACCUAUCAGCCAGUUAUACCCUACUACUAUGGAUACCACCCGAAUCCAUAUAUGUUUGGAGCUCAGAGCAUGUUUAAUGUAGCUGGUGCAACGCCAAAUAUUGAAUGUCCAAUGAUGCCGGAUGCAAUUGCAGCAUUGAAUUUGGUAAAUGGGUUGUCUAACGGGCAGGAUUCAUUGGCUCAACGUGAGGUUUCAAACUACGAGAAGAAGUAG